AUGUCCGCUCGGGAGUUUCAGGAAUUGGGUAGACCUGAAGCGGGCGGGCGGGCUUUCGAGAAGAGAUACGGGGACGGGAUGAAUGAACUUGCGAGUCGGGCUGCGUUUGCUUGGCUCUUGGCUCGGAGGAUUCCGAUGGUGAGGGUGCUGCGAUGCGCAGUCGCGUGGGGUGGGACUACACUAGGCAACCCAACCCGGCUUGCCUAUCAGCAGCCGACAGAAGUCCCGAGUCAUUCUACGGUAGAUAAUAGAGACAACAAGGGCGGAGUGGACGAUGAGCCCAUCACCGGAGCUAAAAUCGUCAACGGUCACGGGCGCGCGCCAAUCAUGGGUUUGCCUGUCGCCUGUUCGUUGCAGGGACCAAUGGCCAGACACCAUUACCUAACAUUUAUUGUCCUGCCAGCCCUAAUUCGACGUCUGCUGCAGAUGCACGGCCAUGAGUCUGUCCCAAUUCAUUCUUUCAGUCCGGAGAAUCAUGCCGAGACGACGGGAACGGAUGUUGUUGCCGCUGGUAUGCUGUUCCGCUUGAUGGUGAUCCGUGAUGCUUGUCCCGACGUUGGUCCUCUCCCUACUCUGACCCCGAGAUUUCGGGAUCCCGGUGUUUCAUGCGCCCGUUCAAUGGCCGUACAUACUGACCGCUGUAUGCUGAUGAGGAAUCCGAGAGCCAAAGCACGUCAGCCAGCUAUACUUAGCUCUUUAACUCCCCGGUUCCCUUUAUACUGCGUACAUAGUGGUAAUCGAAUUAUCUAG